CACAGAUGCUCCACAUCACGUGUUUUUGUCUCUGUGUUUUUUCGUUAUUUAUUUAUAAUAUUUAAAAGGCAAAUCCUGAUCAAGUUCUGUGUGUUUCUAUCAAUGUGCAGGAUUCUCAGCUCGAGAAACUUGCCGGUGCAGUCGGAGACUUGCAGCGGAAUCUCUUGAGCUGAUCGAGUUAAUUGCCAGCUCGUUUGUGCGUUUGCUUGGUGCUGUUCAAUGGCUAAUGCUUGCUGCCAGAAUCGGUUUGCGAUUAAUGCUCAAUUCCGUGGAAACUCGAGGCUCGUGACCUCAGCUAGUGAAUACUCGAGAUGUACUUUCCCUUCCAACGUGGAAUUCGGAAGGCUCAAUUUACACCCAACUUUAGCCUCCGCUUCUACCUCCAAACCGGUAGUGGAUCAUGUUGGCAGCAUUCUUUGUUCGUCAAAUGUUGAGGGUUACAUGAAUGAGAAAGCGCCAACUCCCAUGCUUGAUAUGGUUAAAAAUCCCAUGCAUUUAAAAAAUUUAACUUCAAAGGAAUUAAGACAGCUAGCGGAUGACAUUCGAUCAGAAUUACUAUUCACUAUGUCAGAAACCCAAAAAUCCUAUAAACCCAGUCUAUCAGUAGUGGAACUGACGGUUGCUAUCCAUCAUGUUUUUCAUUCCCCACUGGACAAGAUACUGUGGGAUGUGGAAGAACAAACUUAUCCUCAUAAACUUCUCACUGGAAGGAGGCCCCAUUUUCAUAAAGCUAGAAAGCCGGAAGAUCUAUCCAAUUAUAGUUGUCGUAGUGAAUUUGAUCCUUUUGCAGCAGGGCAUGGUUGUAGCAGCAUAUCUUCUGGACUUGGAAUGGCUGUUGCUCGGGACAUUAAAAGAAAACGAGAGCGCAUAGUUGCAGUGAUUAGUAACGAAACAAUCAUGGCAGGCCAAGUUUAUGAGGCCAUGAACAAUGCUGGCUACAUUGAUUCAAAUAUGGUUGUAAUAUUAAAUGACAGUCAACAAUCUUUACACCCGCACCCAAUGCAUGAGCAAUUCCCUAAAGCAUCAAUUAAUGUUGUGUCUAGCUAUCUGAGCAAGCUGCAGUCAAGUAAAUUUUUCAGGAAACUAAGAGAACUCGCUAAGGCUCUUACCAAAAAAAUUGGUAGUGGGAUGUAUGAGUGGGCUGCAAAAAUUGAUGAGUAUGCACGUGGUAUGCUAGGUCCUCCAGGAUCAACUUUAUUUGAGGAGCUAGGGUUGUACUACAUUGGCCCAGUUGAUGGUCAUAACAUUGAAGAUCUUGCUUGUGUUUUGCGAGAAGUAGCAUCACUAAACUCAAUGGGUCCUGUUCUGAUCCAUGUCAUAACAAAAGAUGGUUAUGGAAUAGAAAAUAACCAGAUGAGUAUAAUUAAAGAUGAAGAACCUGAAGGCUCCUCUGGUACUGAACCAUCGCCAUCAAAUCCUAGACCUCAAACGUACAGCGACCUCUUGGUAGAGUCUUUGGUUGCAGAGUCAAAGAGAGAUGAAGAUAUUGUAGUGGUACACGCUGGAAUGGGAAUGGAACCAUCAUUUGGAUUGUUGAAAGACAAGUUGAAAGACAGAUUUUUCCCUGUUGGCAUGGCUGAGCAGCAUGCCGUUACAUUCUCAGCUGGUCUUUCAUGCGGGGGAUUAAAGCCUUUCUGUAUUAUCCCAUCAGCAUUCCUCCAGAGGGCAUAUGAUCAGGUGGUUCAUGAUGUGGAUAGGCAGAAGAUUCCAGUACGUUUUGCAAUUACAAGUGCGGGAUUGGCAGGCUCUGCCGGUGCAACACAUUCUGGACCAUUUGAUAUAACAUAUAUGUCAUGUUUGCCGAACAUGAUUGUGAUGGCUCCGUCUGACGAAACUGAGCUUGCCCGAAUGGUGGCUACUGCUGUCCACAUCAAUGACCGUCCAGUGUGCUUCCGCUAUCCUAGGGGUGCCACUGUUAUGCUCAGCCUUAAGGCAUAUGUUGCAGACCCCAAACCAAUCGAGGUUGGUCAAGGGAAGCUACUUGUAGAGGGUCAAGAUAUUGCUCUAUUAGGAUAUGGUUCCAUGGUACAAAAUUGUCUUAGAGCACAUUCCCUUCUUUCAAAGUUGGGUAUUGAUAUUACAGUGGCUGAUGCAAGAUUUUGCAAACCACUUGAUAUUAAGUUGGUGAGAAUUUUAUGCAAGAAUCACAAAUACCUGAUUACAGUUGAGGAAGGAUCUAUUGGAGGGUUCGGGGCACAUGUUGCGCAAUUCAUUUCUCUUGAUGGGCUGCUUGAUGCUGGAAUUAAGUGGCGCCCCAUAACUCUGCCGGAGAAUUACAUAGAGGGUGCAUUGCCCCAAGAUCAACUUGCCUUUGCUGGGCUCACUAGGAACCACAUUGCCGCUACUGCAUUGAAUCUGCUUGGUCGGAAACGAGAUGCCCUUCUCUUGAUGCACUGAUUCUCCUUGCAUCUGUUGUACCAUGGAACAAAUUCUUACACAACAAAAGUGUCACAUGAAGUGCUGUUGGCUCUCUUAGCCCAGGUACAUCGAUCGCUAGCAACAUCUUUCGUUGUACUACAUUCUGACAACCCUUUUUGAUAUAUAAGCUAUAUAUAUAUGUAAACUCCCAAUAGUGAACUGUUCAUUCAAUGCCUCUCUUGUGUGUUUUUGUGCAUUCACUUUCUUUCACUCACAGCUCCACUGUUCUAACUUGUUUUAGAGAAGUUGAUUGAUUUGAGAACUAUGUUUCAAGUGAUGUUAAAUUUUAUUGCACGGUUAGAAACACAAAGUAUGAUUUCUUUAUUCGUUUAAUUUUUUGGAAUUACACGCAUGUUGUUGGGAACACACUUUUGGAAUAUGUUUGAAUUAGGUCAUUACUUGCAAGCAUCCACCCCACCCUCAUGCAGAUAUUUUUAGGAAAAAAAGGUAAUAGUUUGGUUGAACAAAUUAUCUCUGAUGAGCAUGGACUUUAAUGAUUAUUUAUUACAUAAUGUAUAUAUUGCAAUCAUAAUUAACGACUACCAUGUGACA